UUCGAAUUUGUGCAUAAAUCAGUUUGUGAAUUUUUUCAGUUUCGAACUAUGAAACUAAGUUUACUCAUAUAGUAGUUGAAUUCCAACGUUGUUCUAGCACAAAAACCACAUCCUGUAAAUUUAAAAUUUUACACAAACGAGGAAAAACGGUUUUUAAUUUACUAAACGAAGAGGACAUCUACUUCGACCAUUUUUCAGCAAAAUGAAAGCGGUGGUAUUUUUUUCAUUGACCGUUGUACUGUUGAGUGCUAAGGCGUGGCCCACAGCAAAAAAAUCCUUUGAUUUAUAUCCCGAAACAUAUGACUUGCAUAAAAUUUCAGAUUGCAUGCAUAUUACAUCUGAGCCAGGAGAUUAUGUUUUUAAGAAAACGGCUCAUGUGAUCCCUAGUAGGAACGAUGCUUCGAUAUUAGAAAUUGAAAAUUCAAUGGAGGUCUGCGGUUUGUAUGUAAUAGGCGAACCUGAUACAAUUAUUGAACUCACUGUCUUAAAGUAUGACAUAAAUUGUGAAACUGGGGGACUCAUGGCUUUUGUCGACGGUUGGGAACUGAAUGGGGAAUACUUUCCAGGCUUAAGCGAUCAUCAUCGCCUUUUGAAAGACAGAGUUAUUGAAUUUUGUAACAAUUACAGGCAGUGGCCCGUUAUCUCUAACAAGAAGUUUUUCCGUUCCAGCCAGAAUGCCGCAUUGCUGCAAUACCGCAUACCAUUACGUGGGUCGUUUAUUGUCAAUAUCCGUUACCAUAAAAUUUCUCAACCUUGCCAUGUAUUAGUACAUGAUACUACUGCAAUUAUGAACAUAGCUAAUUUUGGCCACCGGCGCAAUUGUACUAUUUCUGCUCUGUUUCCUGCAACCGUUUCUGUUAUCAAUCUGAAAGUUGGGGGAAAGUCCGUUCGUCAAGAAAAAGUUAAUUAUGAUUGUUCUUUUUAUGAAGAUCGUUUAGAAAUUGGAGGCACAUCUGGACUAGAAAGUAUUGCAAUGGAAAAAUCAAGUGAAAUUUGUGGAUUUACAAACGAACAAGGACCAGAGCAAGCCAUUUUCUGUGGUGUUACGACUGUUCGUCUUGUUUCUACUGGCAGAUAUCAAAAUCAAGCAGCAGUCGCCAUACGUAAAGCGGAAGAGAUUGAUUUAGAAAUAGCAACUUUAAUUUGUGCUAUAUAAGAUGUUCAAUACAGACAAGUAAUAAUAUAUUGAACAUAUUAUGAAAUCAAUAAUACUAUACUGUAAGUCUCUAGGAACAGUGACAGUAAAUUAAAAACUUAAAUUCUCUCGUUUUUGUCAUUUAACCCAUAGCACAAUAGCAUGUUCGUCUUAUAUAUGUAUCAAUGAAAGCAAAUAAUGUUAUAUA